AUGAACCGAACUCUGGCCGAAACUGUUAGCGUUUCGGCCAGCCAGAUCGCUCAUUCCGAGAAAAGAUGUCCAGUCCGGGUGAAAUUUGGUAAUUAUACGGAGGAUAUCACUGCUACUGGCCUUGUUGAUCUUGUAAGUUGGUUUUAUUGCAUUUUUUCUUGAUUUUUAGGUAUAAACUGAAUUCGCUUAUCAUGGGUAAUAUAAAUUUUCUCUCGUUUCUGCAAAGCUUUGCAUCUAAGACCAUGGAAAUAGUACAAAAAGUCUAGAUAAACUAUCUUUUUGCCAAUUCUUAUUUAAUUUACACAUAUUUUUUCAAAACGGCAUCUGAGACCAUGUGUAAUAUAAAAAUUGGUGUUUCCCUCAAAAUUUAGAGAAAAGCUCGGGAAAAAACAUGUUUACGAGCUUUAGCCUGGCGUUGUUGAUGUUUGUGACACGUUCUUCCUCUUCUUUUUUGAUUUUCACACAUCUUUUCAGGCGAAACUUGCUCAAGACUUUCAACUUCAAAUUCUACCUCAAAGUUCCUCUCAAUCCCAGCUCAAUGACGAUUCAGCCCUUUCUUUUCACUUUCUUCACAACUCGUAAGUUCUCUUUCUUUAUUUUGCAUCUAAUUUUUAGGUAAAAACAGCUUGCUUUGACAUAAAUUAUAUCGUUUUAGUGAUCUCACUUCGAAGAAGUCACAAAAACAGUCCAAAACUGCCAAAGUUUGUCAUUUUGAGACAGUGGACGAAGAGCUCAACCAUUCAGCUGUAAAUUUAUGUGACAAUGACAUCUCCGGGAUCCUCAGGGACCAACGGGGGAACGUUUAUUUCCUUGGGCAUGACCAACAUAGUGGAUUUUAUCUGCAGCCUCAGAAUUUUGCCUCAUGUGGUAUGUUUUCGUAUUGAGCUGUUAGUACUUGCAUUUUUAGACAAAAUAUUCUCCUCUCGUUCAAAACGAGCUGCAGGAAAGGUCCCAAACACCCCUCACUACUACGCGGAAUACCUGGAUGGAAUUCGUCGCUAUGUGGAGUUGGUGUUCAUCGCGGACAAGUCAGUCUUUGACAAAUAUGACAGUGAUGAAGAGAAGGUUCAUAACCGCAUGGAAUCCAUUGCGAAUGUUGUGAAUUCGGUAAGAUUCUGGCGAUUUUUCGACAUUAUCCAUGGUUCAGAUGUACGCUCCGAUAAAUAUUCGAAUCACCCUGGUAUAUGCGGAUAUAUGGAAGGAUGCGGAUGUGUUUCCAAUAACGGAGAACUCGGAUGAUGCUUUGAAUAAGUUUUUGGUUUACAGGAAGGGGCUGAUCUUCGACCAUCCACAUGAUAAUGCACACCUCUUGACGUGAGUUUUUUUGAUGUUUUUGUUGUAUUUUUAGAUAUGGAUCAAAUAGAUUGGGGCAAGAUAGAUUCCGUUGGAGAAUUUGGACUACUUUUUUAGCAAUUGUAUUGUUUUGGCUAGGCGUAUUUUACCAAAAUUUUUAAGAUCAUCAAAAUUUUUAGUUAAAUUUUGAUUUUAUUUUAAUUUUUUGGGGGGAAUUAAGGUCAGUGAACAUGAGUAGAUGUCUCAGUUUGCCUCCUACUACAAUUUUAAGCUCUUAACAUUUUAAAUUUUAUAUUACAAUACUAAAAAAUCACUAAUCUUACCCUCAAUUUUUCAGACAAACCCGAUUUUCCAACAGUGUGAUUGGAAAGGCCUAUCGUGGAACCAUGUGCUCCUAUGACUUUAGUGGUGGUGUUAUUUUUGUAAGUUCAUAUUCGAAUUUGUUUUAUUUCGAGUUUUUAGAACGAUGACCGAGUGACUUUUGUGGCCUCCACUGUGGCCCACGAAAUGGGCCAUAACUUUGGAAUGGAACAUGAUUUGGGCUAUCCAGACCCGUGCAAAUGCGCAUCCGACCUUUGCAUCAUGUCACCGAGUAGUGGAGGGUGAGAUUUUGGAGAUUUUUUGGGGAGAUUUUUGAGAUUUUUUGUUUGAUUUUUGAUAUUUUUGGUGUAAUUUUUGAUUUUUUUUGCAUUUUUCUUGCAUUUUAUUGUUUUUAAUUUUAAAUUUAGUUUGUCCGCAGCCACUUUCUGGUCCGAUUGCUCCUUGGAAAAUCUUCAAAGCGCCCUAAAAAGAGGCGUCGAUUACUGCCUCCAAAAUGUCCCCAAAAAAGCAUUCGGCGGCGCGAAAUGCGGCAACGGAAUUGUCGAGGACGGAGAGGACUGUGACUGCGGAUCCCUCACGGAAUGCCCCAACAAAUGCUGCAUCGCCAGCACCUGCAAAUUGGCGGAGAAUGCGGAAUGCGCCGCGGGAGAUUGCUGCGAUUUUGACACCUGUAAACCACGAAAAAUGGCGACGCAAUGCAGACAGGCCACUAGUUCCUGUGAUCUGCCCGAAUAUUGCGAUGGGGAGAACCCCAAAUGCCCUCCCGACUUUUUCGUUCAGAAUGGAUUGGCUUGUCCGGAUGCGCCGGAGGUAGGGAUUGCAGUGGAUUGAAUAAAAAGGGGAAAUUCGGUGUAAAAAUGAGCUCAUUCUGAAAAAAAUGAAAAUUGAACCGUGAAAAAAUAAUACAGUGGCAUCGAAAUGUCGAUUGUUUCUACAAAACACAAGCUAAAAAUCCCGCAUACGUCUGGAAAAAUAGCCUCCAAUUCUCAUUCUCCUCGGACAGCAAGAGAAUGACAACUUUCCGUUCCAAAAAUCACUAAAAAAACUCGAAUUUUCGGCAACUUUAGGCCUAAAAAUCUCAGUCGUUUCUGCAAAACAAGCUAAAAAUCUCGCAUACGUCUGGAAAAAUUCAAAUCUAAAUUUGCGCCAAGUUUCAUCAAAAUUGAAACCUCGUACUAUGGGAAUUACCAUUGACUUUCUGCACUUUGCAAAUUUCUCCCUUUUCUACAGAGAGGGACCUGAUCCAGUGACAAAAAACAUAGUAUUUUGCAUCCGGGAAGUAUCAAAAAUGUAGCAAAAUACCUCCUUCUCCAAGUGAAAAGACUCCGAUUUCAAAAGCGCGCCCGCUCUUUUUGUGAGGGAAAGGGCUCGCUCUUCAAAACGGAAUUUUUCACUAGGAGAGGGAGGUAUUUUGCUGUGUUUUUGAUACUUCCCGGAUGCAAAAUGGCACGUUUUUGACACUGGAUCAGGUCCGCUACUGUAGUGAAGGGUUAAAUUUGCAAAGGACAGAAAGUUAAUGGUAAUCCCCCAAAGUACAAGGUUUCAAUCUUGAUGAACCUUGGCACAAAUUUAGAUUUGUAUUUUUCCACACGUAUGCGAGAUUUUUAGCUUGUUUUGCAGAAACGACUGAGAUUUUUAGGCCGAAAGUUGCCGAACAUUUGGGCUUUUUAGUGAUUGUCGGAAUGGAAAAUUGUCAUUCUCUUCGGUCUGCAUGUUCAUGCAUCACUAUGAUUUUGGUUGCAGUCCGAGGAGAGUGACAAUUUUUCAAUCCAAAAACCACUAAAAACUUGAAUUUUCGGCGAACUUUCGACCUAAAAAUCUCGACCGUUUCUGUAAAACACGAGUUAGAAAUCUUGCAUAGGUCUGGAAAGAUUCGAAUCGAAAUUUGUGCCAGGUUUCAACGAAGAUUGGAGGUGUUAAUUAGGGGAAUUGCUCGAAAAAAAAUUUUCAAAAAAUAUUUUGUGUUUUUUUUGAUUUGAUGAUUUGGUGACCUUAGGGGGUGGAUUAGGGUCUAAAUUUUUGGUUUUGGUCGAUUUUUAUAAAUCUACUCAUCUUGUUGUUUCAGGACUUUUGCUACGAAGGCCAAUGCGGCUCGCGCGACCACCAAUGCCAGUACAUUUGGGGCGAGACGGGCAAGAAUUCGGACAAAGACUGCUACACGAUGAACGUCUAUGGCAAUGCCAAUGGAAACUGUGGAUACGACCCGAGAACCGAGCGCUAUUCUCCGUGCCGACCGGCCGAUCAGGAGUGUGGCCGCUUACAUUGCACCCAACUGAGUGAACGCCCCGUUUUCGGCGACCCAUCCACGGUCUAUGUGGGCUACACGGCGGUCCGAAAAGGCGACGGGAGGGAUGUGGCUUGUCGGACGGUGAGAACCACGUAUUCCGGAGGGCGGAGGCAGGACGAUCCGGGAAUGGUCCCGGAUGGCGCACGGUGCGGAAAAAAUUCGGUAAAUUUUGAAUUUGUUUAGGUUUUCAGGGAAAAUUGGAAAACGUAAAGGUUUGUAGAGGAAGAGUAGGAUUUUUGGGGGAGAUUUUGGAAAUUUUUUGUUUUGAUUUUUGAGUUUUUCUCGGAAAAUAUUGGAAUUUUUUUUUAGUUUUUUUUCUGGAUGACUGAAAAAAUUUAAUUUUACAGUGAGGGACCUGAUCCAGUGGCAAAAAACGUACCAUUUUGCACCCGGGAAGUAUUAAAAAUGUGGCAAAAUGUUUCCCUCUCCAAGUGAAAAAACUCCGAUUUCAAAAGCACGCCCGCUCUUUUUGUGAGCGACCUUCAAAACGAAGUUUUUUCACUUGGAGAGGGAAGCAUUUUGCCACAUUUUUGAUGCUUCCCGGAAGCAAAUUUGUACGUUUUUUGCCACUGGAUCGGGUCCGCCACUGUAAAAUCAAAUUUUUCAGCCAUCCAGAAAAAAAUUUUAAAAAAUCCUUAUUUUUCCGAGAAAAACUCAAAAAUCAAAAUAAAACAUAUCCAAGCCUCAAUAUCCACGUGAAAAAUUUGGAUAUUUCGAAAUAUUUUCAAUUUUUCAAAUAAUGAAAAAAAAAUUUCUAAGUUUUAUCCCACCGUAUUUUAGAUAUGUGUGAAGCAGAAAUGCUCGAACCUGACCCAAGUCACCGAAAUGGUCUCCAAAUGCGACCCCACGGACUGUCACGGGAAGGGAAUCUGCAACAAUGUGGGGAAUUGCCAUUGCCUCCCCGGAUACGGCGGAACCGCCUGUGAUAUCCCCGGCUAUGGUGGCUCAGUGAACUCUGGGCCAGCCUCGGACAAAGUAUUCAGCCCUGGCAUGGUUUUCCUAUAUGUUUUUAUUGUUGGUUUGAUCGCCUUCAUCGCAGCGACUGUGUGGUGCCGAAGAAAGAAAGGCGUCUGGCUGCAUAAAAAGUGGGUUUUUGAAGGGUAAUUUGGGGAUAGGUAAUGGUGGAAAUGAAUAAGGAAGAGGUUGGGGGGAGUUGAAAGCAAGUAUGAUGGCUGAGGAUACUGUAAUUUGCAAAAAAUGUCGAAAUUUGAUGAUUUUUGGGGAUUUUUGAAAAUUUUUGCGGAAAUUUUGUUGUUUGGCAAAAAAUUUUGUUGGAAAAGUAUUCUAGUUGAUUUUUGAGACCAUAAGGGAUGUUAUCAAGUGAUUUUUGGGUUUGAGGUUACUGUAAUUUUUUGGAAAAAUCGAAAAAUUUUGUGGAUUUUUGGGGUUUUUGAAAUUUUUCGAUUUUUUUUUUUUGAAAAAGUAUGUAGAAAGUAAAAAUUAGUAAUUUUUAAGAAAUUACAGGGCUUGUUAUACCAUUUAAUUAAUGUGGGGUACUGUAAUUUUUUCAAAAAAUCAAGAAUUUUUGAGAUUUUUGAUUUUUUUUUUUUUUUUUUUGAAUUUUUUUUGUUUUUUUCAAAACCAACCCGAAUUUUUCAGAAUGUGGAAGCAUACGAAGAAGGCAUUUGGAAUUGAAGCCGUCCGUGUCCCAGUCCGCAAAGCCCCACCACCGCCAGGCCAACAAAAUCGCCGCUCGUUUUCGCCAUGGGAAGCGGUAAACGCGAUGUGGAAUCGUCAUUCCCACCCCUCCCCACGCCACGAACCCCCUCCGCAACCCAUGCAAACUCAAGUCCGAGAAGUCCUCACAGUCGGCGCGGCCAUGCCAAUCAUACCACAGAGCUACAUGCCCACGAAAAAUGAGGAUCUUCAGGGCCAUGGUGAAUAUAAUGGAUAUCCCCAAAACCCCCAAAAUUUUGGUUCAAAUUACCCCGCAAAUGCGUAUUACUCGAAACAGGGAGAAAUGGCGACGGUUGGCAUCAAUUCUUACCCAGCUUAUAAUCAACCAUAUCAGUUGCCGCCGGUCGCGCAAUACGAAAUCCCACCGCCGGACCCGGACCAAAACUUGUACGGAGAUGAUUUUGACGAAAUCCCCGCCGCACCGCGACACAUCAUCCGCCAGGACAAGCAAAAACCCCAAGCCAAUUCACUGAAACGACCCCCCGUACCACCCCCAAAACUCCCGGAAACGCGCCGCCUUCAGACCGACUCAUCCUCCGAAUCCUCGGAGGCAACGAGCCCAAUUCCACCGGUUAAGGAGAAGAAAAUUGUGAGAAGCGAGAGUAUCUUGAACAGACCGGUGGUCGCACCACCACCGCCACCUCAUAAACCCAAAAAUGUAAGGGAUUUUUGACAAGGAAAAUACUUUUAUGGGGCAUGGAGAGGAGGAGGAGACAUAGAUAAAAAAAACUGCAAAAUUUUUCUGCUUCAGAAUAUUUGAAGAUUGGCUCGAUACGAAAUCCAUUGAGCAAGCUAUAAUCUCCUCUAAAAUCCCACAAAAUCUCUUAACCCCAAUAAAAAUUUUAAAACACGAUUUUUGAGCCACUGAAUCAGCCGCCAGUUAGGCCCGGACAUAGAAAAAAAUGGAUUUUGGGUUUUUGAUCUUAAAUUGACUGUAGGCAUCCUAUAAACAUAUGACCAAAAUAUUUUUGCCUAAUUCUCCCAUUAACCUACUGUAAUUUACAAUUUAAUGUUUUUACAGUAAUCGACUAUUACUCCAAAACUACGCAUCGUAAAUAGUUGAAAUUAAGAAUACUUAUGUUUUAGCACAUGCUCGUCAAAGUGAAUACAAAAUUUUGGCACUCAGGUUACUGUAACAUACCGCAAUAUAGGUUCGGCCGCACAAAAUCGGCCGUAAAAAAAUUGUUUCUGAAAACCCGCAGCUGAUUUUUACAUAUGUUGUUCAGCGUAAAAUUCUGCCCUAGAAACAUUUUAAAAAAGUUUAAAAAGUCGUGCCCCGAUUUUCGUGGUGUAGUGGAUUUUGGUCAAGUUUAGUAAUCCGAAGGUCGCGGGUUCGAUCCCGGUGGAACCAAAAUCUGUAAAACCGCACAAAACUUCAAAAAAUCGUGUCGAGGGGAAUUGAUAAUAUACAUGCAGAGUACCAAAAACUGUAUCAUGGGUUAUUCGCAAAUUAGAAGGCAUUUUUCGGAGUUAAAAUUAUUAUUUUGGUCUUCGCGGAUUCUGGCCCAAAUUUAGUUAAGCAAAAUGGCUAAAAAUGAUAAUAUAUACCUUUUCUAGCCUUCUGAGUUCAAUGCACCCAAUUUUUCGGACCUAGGAUUACUGUAACAUGGCGAAAACGGAUUUCGGCCGCUAAAAUCGGCCGUAAAACUGUUCAUUGCGAGUAUACGCAGCUAAUUCUUCGAUUUUUCGAAUCAGCAUGAAAUUCCACACUAGUGACACUCAAAGUUGACUUUCUCAGUUAAACACUUUUUUCACUGUGGUGAAUUACUUUCAAGUUUGAAAAUUGUAAAUAAAACUGCAUUAGUUCUGGAUUAAGCCAAAAAUACUUCAAAUCUGAAUUUAAACGAUGGAUCCACACAUUUAUAGACCAAAAACCCAAAUUUUUAAAUUUUUUUUUCAACCAAAAAAUUUGUAUGUAAUCUUCAGUGCAAAAUUUCUGCGAAAUAAAAAUGGUCAGCUAAGAAAUAUUAUAUAAUGAUUCUGGGGCAAAAUUUCACGCUGAUUCGAAAAAUCGAAGAAUUAGCUGCGUAUACUCGCAAUGAACAGUUUUACGGCCGAUUUUAGCGGCCGAAAUCCGUUUUCGCCAUGUUACAGUAAUCCUAGGUCCGAAAAAUUGGGUGCAUUGAACUCAGAAGGCUAGAAAAGGUAUAUAUUAUCAUUUUUAGCCAUUUUGCUUAACUAAAUUUGGGCCAGAAUCCGCGAAGACCAAAAUAAUAAUUUUAACUCCGAAAAAUGCCUUCUAAUUUGCGAAUAACCCAUGAUACAGUUUUUGGUACUCUGCAUGUAUAUUAUCAAUUCCCCUCGACACGAUUUUUUGAAGUUUUGUGCGGUUUUACAGAUUUUGGUUCCACCGGGAUCGAACCCGCGACCUUCGGAUUACUAAACUUGACCAAAAUCCACUACACCACGAAAAUCGGGGCACGACUUUUUAAACUUUUUUAAAAUGUUUCUAGGGCAGAAUUUUACGCUGAACAACAUAUGUAAAAAUCAGCUGCGGGUUUUCAGAAACAAUUUUUUUACGGCCGAUUUUGUGCGGCCGAACCUAUAUUGCGGUAUGUUACAGUAACCUGAGUGCCAAAAUUUUGUAUUCACUUUGACGAGCAUGUGCUAAAACAUAAGUAUUCUUAAUUUCAACUAUUUACGAUGCGUAGUUUUGGAGUAAUAGUCGAUUACUGUAAAAACAUUAAAUUGUAAAUUACAGUAGGUUAAUGGGAGAAUUAGACAAAAAUAUUUCAGUCAUAUGUUUAUUGGAAGCCUACGGUCAUUUUAAAACAAAAAACUCAAAAUCGAUUUUUUUCUAUGUCCACGGCUAAUUCAGUGACUCAGAAAUCGUGUUUUAAAAAUUAUAACAAACUACUUAAAAAUAGUCAAAUUCUCUAAAAUAAGGUCGAAAAGACCCAAAAAUUGAAUGUUUCGCAACGAAAUCCACUCAAACUGACAGAACAGACCAUCGUAAACAAUCUCCAACCGCCAAAAGGUGGCAAAAAGUUGGCUAAAAUCCACCCAAAUCAUCAAAACCCCCCAAAAAUAAGGUCCAACAACUACCCCAUAUCUCCACAGUUUCUAUUUCAAUCUCUUCCAAACAAUAAAACAAGCUCCAAACUGUCCUAAACUCCCCACAACUCCCACGGAAACCAAAGCUAUUUUCCAAAAUCACCAAAAAUCGCCUAAAACAACGUCAAGUCCUCUAAUAAAUAUAAAAAUCUCACAAUGGGAGUUUUUUGUUGCUUUAGGGACUGGAUGUUGAUUUAGACGAUUUUUGGUGAUUUUGGAAAAUGUUUUUGGUUCCCCCGGGAAUUAUGGGGAGUUUAGGACAAUUUGGAGCUUGUUUUACUGUUUUUGAGAGAUUGAAAUGGAAACUGUUGAGGUGUGGGGUAGUUUUUGGACCUUGUUUUAGUGGAGUUUUGAUGAUUUUGGAGGAUUUUGGAUAACUUUUUGCCAUCUUUUUGCGGUUGCAGAUUGUUUAUGAUGGUCUGUGCUGUCAGUUUGAGUGGAUUUCGUAGCGAAAUAUUCAAUUUUUGGGUCUUUUCGACCUUAUUUUAGAGAAUUUGACUAUAUUUUAGGUAGUUUGUUAUAAUUUUUAAAAUUUUUAUUGGGGUUAAGGGAUUUUGUGGGAUUUCAGAGAAGUUUAUGGAUCAUUCUAUAAUUCUAGGUACCUAUAAGGAUAAAACGAAUAUUUUUGGUCUGUUUUGACCUUAUUUUAGCCAUCUUGACCUUGUUUUGGACGAUUUUUGUUGAUUUUACCCUCAAAUCUUAAUUUUAAAUAAAAUAACGGUCGUAUUUUAGCUCCCAUCAUCAUCUCCAACCAAGAAAUUCAAACCCCCACCCCCAAUAAAGCCUCCGGUGUCAUCCACACCAGCCUCGGAGCCCUCGGAAGAACCGCCAAAACGGAUAAAUGUGAAGGCUCUAGCCAAACAAUUGGACACCAAACUCUCAAACAUAUAA